CAACACUACUACUGCUGCUGCUACAAGGUAACCAGAGAAAACCCAACUUCUUGAGGCUCAGCAGUCUUUGUCACUAGCCCCUGUCCAUCAGUCCAUCCAAAGAGGAAAUAUGCUGGAUGCCGGAUCGAGAAGGGUCCCGGAAUGGCUGAGGCUGUUGGCCGGCCUAAGUCUGCUUCUCUGCCUGGUGUGGGAGACAGGGGCCAAGAGGGUCCCCAAAAUCCCCCGUUGUCCUGUCACCUGCUCCUGCACCAAAGACAGUGCCUUCUGUGUGGAUACCAAGGCUAUCCCCAAGAGCUUUCCCCCUGGGAUCAUCUCUCUGACAAUGGUGAAUGCAGCUUUCACUACAAUCCCAGAGGGAGCCUUCUCCCACCUGCACCUGCUGCAGUUCCUUCUUCUGAACUCCAAUACCUUCACUAUGGUGGCUGAUGAUGCCUUUGCAGGUCUGGCACACCUGCAGUACCUAUUUGUAGAGAACAAUGACGUCCAAGCCCUGUCAAAGCAUACCUUCAGAGGGCUUAAAUCCUUGACUCACCUUUCUCUGUCAAAUAAUAACCUGCAGUUCCUUCCACGAGAACUCUUCAAAUAUCUUGAUAUUUUGACAGACUUAGACCUGCGGGGUAACUCAUUCCGCUGUGACUGUAAAAUCAAGUGGCUGGUGGACUGGAUGGAGAAGACCAACACCUCUGUCCCUGCCAUCUACUGUGCCAGCCCAUUUGAGUUCCAAGGUCGCAGAAUCCAUGAUCUCACCCCACGAGACUUCAACUGUAUCAGUGCAGACUUUGCUGUUUAUGAGACUUUUCCCUUCCAGUCUGUGUCAGUGGAGUCCUAUGAAUUUAACAACAAUCAGUUUGUGGCCUUCGCCCAGCCUGAUACUGGGUUCUGUACACUGUUUGUAUGGGCACAUGUGGAAAUGGUCUUCCGGAUGUACCAUAAUAUAACAGCUCGCUCCGCUGUCUACUGCAAGCCUGUGGUCAUAAACAACACUCUUUACAUGGUUGUGGCUCAACUUUUUGGAGGAUCCCACAUCUACAAGUGGGAAGAGGACCCACAGCGAUUUGUGAAGAUUCAGGACAUUGACACCACACGUGUGAGGAAACCCAACUUUGUUGAGACCUUCCAGCUGGAUGAUGAGUGGUACUUUGCCGUGGCAGACAGUUCCAAGGCAGGCUCUACGAGCAUAUACCGCUGGAACAGCAACGGUUUCUACUCCCACCAAUCCCUUCAUCCCUGGCAUCGUGACACACAUGUGGAGUUCCUGGAUGUGGAAGGGAAGCAGCGUCUCAUUCUCUCCAGUGCCUCUCAGCCCCCAGUGGUUUACCAGUGGAACCGCAGCCUGCGCCAGUUUGCCUUUCAUUCCCAAAUCACUGAGACUUUCGACGUGCAGAUGGUCAAGCAUUUCUGGGUGCGCAACGUUCUCUACCUUUGCCUUACACGCUUCAUUGGUGACUCCAAGAUUCUCCGAUGGGAGGGGCAGCGCUAUGUUGAGAUUCAGACCCUGCCCUCACGUGGCUCCAUGGCUGUGUAUCCAUUCACUGUGGGCCCCCGCCAGUAUCUUCUCCUAGGAAGUGAUUUCUCCUUCUCUCGAGUUUACCUGUGGGAUGACCUCACCCAGCGCUUCCAGCCCUUCCAGGAGCUCAACAUGAGAGCACCCCGGGCCUUCAGCUUGGUGUCUGUGGACAACAAAGACAUGCUGCUGGCAGCCAGCUUUAAAGGCAACACCCUAGCCUACCAGCACCUAAUAGUGGAUCUCAGUGCCAAAUAGAUCAAUCCAGCUGAAUCUACAGUAUGAGACCAUUCAUUAAUCUGUGCUGUUGUGGAGAAGCAAUCUAAGCCAUGCAACUAAAUGCCUGUUAAAUUGGCAAAACAAAAUGUAAUAGUACUAAUGAACAGGAAAUGCAUGAUAUCUUCUGAUAUGUCUGAAUCAAUUAAAACUGGAUGUGUAAUGACAGAACAUAUCACCAUAACUAGUACAUCACUAUGCAACAUCACUACUUACUUGACCUACCAUUAAUUUAUGCUCUGUGGAAAAUAUACUUGGAGGUCAGAUUAUGUGAAAAGCAUGUGCAUCUACUGAACUUUUCUAUUGGAUGUUUCAAAUCCUUUAAUUCAUGAAUAUCAAUAUAGGAAAAUAACUGUUCACAUCAAAUAGUUGGACAUUCUAUGAAAUGAUAGUUAAGAUAUUUUGUUCAAAGCAAUACUGUAAUCUGCAUGCCAUAAUGUUCUCUUAACAGUAGAUAAUAUUUUCUAAAAAUAUUCUGUGUACAUUUUAUAUUGCAUCAAGGUAAUAAUAGCAAUACGUGUUAAUACAUUUCGCUCUGUUGAUCCUGAAUGAUACCAAUAUAUUUUUGUUUAAUUACAAUGCAUGUGCACAUGUACAGAUUUCCCUAAAUAAAUGUUUGGUUAACUGAAUAGGACUUGAAGGUCGUCAAGCUCCUGUCAUCACCGUGUGUGUGUGUGUGUGUGUGUGUGUGUGUGUGUGUGUGUGUGUGUAUAUUACAUAUAUGGACACCUACUCAUUCAAGGUUUUUUCUUUAUUUUGACUAUUUUCUACAUUGUAGAAUAAUAGUGAAGACAUCACAACUAUGAAAUUACAUAUAUCGAAUCAUGUAGUAACAAAAAAAGGGUUCAACAAAUCAAAAUAUAUUUGAGAUUUUUCAAAGUAGCCACCCUUUGUCUUGAUGACAGCACACUCUUGGCAUUCAAGCUUUGGACUGGUACUGUAUAUAUUUUUUAAAUAUCUACAAGCCUGUUUUUGCUUUGUCAUUAUGGAGUAUUGUGUGUAGAUUGAUGAGGCGGGAAAAAACAAUUCAAUCCAUUUGAGUAAGGCUGGAACGUAACAAUGUGGAAAAAGUCAAGGGGUCUGAAUACUUUCCGAAUGCACUUUACAACGCUGUUCAUUGCCUUAUAUUUGUUUUGGACUUGGGGACUGUGAGGAGACCCCUUGUGGCAUGUCUAGUGGGGUAUGUCUGUCAGAACUGUAUGUUAUUUUCAACAAAGUAAUGUUUCUCAUACAAUCAAGAAGUGAUGCAGUCAAUCUUUCCUCUACCUUGAGCCAAGAGAAACAAAUGCAUCUUGUUGAUAUGAGUCCUCUGUGUGAAUGCUGCUCACAUUUAUAUAACCAGGCAAUACUCAAGAUGUGAUAAAACCAGAGCUUGCAGGACUUGUUUGGUUGAAUGUGUUGUUGAAAAAGCAGAGCACAUCUUUAUCAUAGUCAGAAUUGUCCCUAUCUUUACAACAACAGAAUCAAUAUGCUUUGACCAUAACAGUUUACCUUCUAAGGUAAAAAACAAUAAGUUUUACUCUCCUCUACUUGCUCAACAGCCACAUUAAUCAUUAUCAUACUCAGCUGAGGCCAAUACUUAUGGAAUUAUUUGUACCAAAUACAAUGCUUGUGGUUUUGGUGCAUGCUUAUUGAUAACUGGAAGAAUGCAUCAAGUGCAGCGCCUGAAUGCUGCUCAUUACAGGUAAUUGUAAAUAAGAAUUUGUUCUUAAUUGACUUACCUGUAUAAAUAAAAGUGAAAUAAAAGAAUGAAAUAAAAAAUAUCUUCAUAAGA